AUGACUUCAAGCCAGCUGGCCGACAGCCCUACUGCAAGUGUAUUGAUCGACUACAUUAGCGCAGCUGCGAACCGUUAUUCUCGCGUUGCACAUUCAUCCGACUCGUCUUUGGUUGCUUUUGGAUCGUCAAACCUCGUAGCUUUGUGGUCUGCUGAAGAAGAUGAUAGUACAGGUGUCUUCCAAACUUUACCAGGACAUGACAGUCUCGUUACCUGCGUCCGUUUCAAGUCUAGAGGAAAUUGUUUAUUGAGUGCGGAUGAUAAAGGGUUCCUAAGUUGUUGGAGACUUGUGGAUAACAAGUGGUCAUGUACGAGGGUCGAGCAAGCACAUCCUAAUGGAAUUUCUGCGUUAGCUGUUCAUGGAGAUUAUGUUAUCACAGGAUCCUCGGACGCAACAAUUGUGAUUUGGAAACACGUCUUUACUCCAGAAGAUGCAAAAGACGAGUUCCAGGGUAUUCAAAAGAUAGGCUUGAAGGGCAGGUUUCCUCUCGACAUUCAGAUGACGAGUCUCCCUGGAUCUGAUGGUGUCAUACUGGCUGUGUCUGGGACGGAGCAGGACGUUUCGAUAUUCAGUCUAUCUGAAGACAAAUUUGUGCGAGCGGCAUCAUUACCAGGCCACGAAGGCUGGGUCAAGAGUCUUGCAUUUACACAUGACAUGUCUGGUCCUUCAACUCUUACUCUUGCAUCUGGUUCACAAGAUGGAACAAUUCGAUUAUGGAACAUUGAGCCUGUUGUCAAAACAAAACUCUCCGACCAACCAUCCGAUGUUCUUAGCGAUGACCUGCUUGACUCAUUCGAAGCUGCGCUUGGGGAGGUAGCAGAAGGUGAGGAAGGCGGAAGGCAAAUCUCUUUGAAACGCCAUGUGUUUGCGACUAAAAAUAAAAACGGAAGCUCCGUACAAUACUCAAUUACAUUCGACGCCCUCCUAAUUGGCCAUGAAGCCGGCAUAACCUCAUUGGCUUGGAGACCUUCCGAGCCCUCCCGUCCGAUGCUAUUAUCAACUUCAACAGAUUCAUCGCUUAUCCUAUGGGCUCCAACAUCUGUCAAAGCAACAGCGAGCGAGUCUACGUCUUUGUGGAUUAAUCAACAGCGCUUUGGUGAUAUCGGUGGACAGAGACUAGGCGGCUUUGUUGGUGCGGUUUGGGCGCGAAAUGGAGCUGACGCGCUUGCUUGGGGUUGGGCAUGCGGAUGGAGACGGUGGAGAGCUGAAUCGCAAUCAAUUGGCCGGGAAACCUGGAGAGAAGUGAACGCGAUCACUGGGCACAACGGACCGGUUCGGAGCGUUUCUUGGAGUCCCGGUGGGGAAUUUUUAAUCUCGACUGGACCGGACCAGACGACGCGCAUCCACGGAGAUACCAAGUCAGGUUCACGAGAUGAAUUUGAGUCUUGGCAUGAAAUUUGCCGUCCGCAAGUGCACGGGUACGAUCUGGUCGAUGCAGUCUUCCUGGGUCCGACGCGUUUUGUCAGUAUCGCUGAUGAGAAGGUUGCUCGAGUAUUUGAUGCUCCGCGCAGCUUCAUCUCGUUAAGCAAACACCUUGGGAUAUUGUCGGAAUCAGCUUAUGGAGACGAAAGCGAGAGGCCCGAGGCAGCUUCCGUUCCCCCUCUAGGCUUGUCCAAUAAAGCAGUAACUGGAGCUGAUUCUACCGAAGCUCAUUUCCCAAUGCCAUCUGUGUUCAUGACACAACGCCGACCUUUCGAAGGUGAACUCGCCGUAUCUACUCUUUGGCCCGAAAUAGAGAAGGUGUUCGGUCAUGGAUACGAACUCCAUGCAAUCGCAGCUUCGCAUUCCGGGAAAUUCGUUGCAACAUCAUGUCGAGCGACGUCGCCCGAACACGCAGGGAUUAAAAUCUAUGACACUAAGACCUGGCAGCCAUUUGGUCAGACUUUGACCGGACACCAGCUAACGAUAACGCGCAUCGCGUUCAGCCCAGAUGAUCGCUAUAUCCUGUCUGUUUCUCGAGAUCGGACAUGGUGCAUGUACGAACUUACGGAUGGCGGAUAUGUCACAAAGAAAGCAGACAAAUCUCAUGCACGAAUAAUCUGGGAUUGUGCAUGGGCACCGGAAAAUGACAUCUUCGUUACUGCAUCACGAGAUAAAACUGUUAAGAUCUGGCACCUGCAAGACCUUCCAUCUAAGAAGCAAACUCCGCGACUAACCAUAAAAACAAAAGAAGCCACAACUGCCGUAGCACUUGCCCCAGCUUCAAUGGACAAGAGGCGAUUAUUGGCUGUAGGCUUGGAAAACGGCGAGGUCGUGAUUUAUUCCGGGUCAACACAGGAGCCAGACAAGUGGCAUGAACGGCUUCAUUUGAAUAACAGUGUUGCCCACGUUGGCCAGAUUAACCGCAUGAGCUGGCGACCCAGACAAAAGAAGGAUGAUUCCUCUUCAUACCAACUAGCAACAUGUAGCGAAGACGGCACUCUCCGUAUCAUACGUAUUCAACUAUAA